UUGGAAAUAGCGGGAAUAUGGCGGACAGCUGCUUGGGACCCUUUUUCUAUAAAACCCCGCCUCCUUCUCCUCCUCGUCCUCCUCUUUUUCUUCUCCAAAUCCCAAGAUUACCUCUUCAUUUUCCCUCUAAAUCCAUGGCUGCCCAUUGCCAUUGCUCCUCUAACCCUCGACCUUCCCAGCCUUCCUUACUCGUCUUCUCUGGUGGCACGGCAUUCAAUGGCGUUGUAGAAGAGCUUAAGAAGUUAACAGUUCGCGUCGCUCAUGUUCUUCCAGUUUCUGAUGAUGGAGGAAGUACAGCGGAGAUUGUUCGCGUGCUCGGUGGUCCUGCUGUUGGGGACAUAAGGUCAAGAUGUUUGAGAUUGGCUGACCAAAGCACUUCUGAGGCUCUUGCUGUCCGAAGAUUGCUUGGUCAUCGUUUGCCUAUCAAUCCACAGCAAGCCAAGUCAGAAUGGUACAAAAUUGUGGAAGGAGGACAUUCACUAUGGGAAGGUGUAUCAAAACCAUACAGGGAAACAAUUCGAGCUUUUCUGGCUUAUUUCCAAAAUGAGAUUCUGAGAAGGCCUAAUGAAUCAUUUUGUUUCAGUAAUGGCAGCAUUGGGAAUUUUUUCUUUGCAGGAGCACGUGUAUUUUUUCAGUCUUUAGAUGCCGCAAUUUUUCUGUUUUCACGUGUUUCAGAUAUUCCUGCAGAAAGUUUGGUCCUCCCAGUCAUUUCAACCAAUGGCAGGCUUACAUUAGGAUGUGAAUUAUGGGAUGGGACAAUCAUACGAGGCCAGAAUGAAAUUUCUCAUCCAACCAAUGGAUCCAUGGGACCUGUAGAUAAGGGAAGAUCGUCAGUUCCAGCUCUUCCUUCGAGAAUAAAAAGGGUAUUCUACAUGUCAAGCGAGGGUACGAAUUCACUACAUGAGGUCUUUCCCACAGUAAACCCAGCUGUUCUGGAGCAGUUGUCGAAUGUGGACUGCAUUGUUUAUGCUAUGGGCUCUCUAUUCACUUCCCUCUGCCCAUCAUUGGUCUUACUUGGCAUUGGGGAGAUCAUUUCUUCUAGGUCCUGUCCUAAGGUACUUCUGUUGAAUGGUACUCAUGAUCGAGAGACAACUGGCUUCUCUGCAUCUUCCUUUGUAACUGCCAUUACAGAUGCUCUGAAUCGAACAUAUGGAGAUUCUCAUAAUUGUUUAAAAAAACUUCCAAAUCAGUACAUCAAUACUCUUUUGGUGCCCAAAGAUGGUGAAAUUCCCAUAGAUGUUCAAUGCUUGUCUUCCCAAGGAAUCUUUGAUGUGGUCAUUGUAGACUCCAUACGUGACCCAAAAGUGGGUGUAAUUUUUGAUUCGGAGUCAUUGAUAAAUGCUCUUGGCAAUGUGGUGAGCAGAUACAUGAGGAACAAGGAUUAACGAAACAUGAACCCUCUAGUUGGUUUCUGGAAGAGCAGAAUAUAUUUGUGUGGCUACCAAAUCCUUCAAUCAGAAUUAUUUAUGAGGUAUGUGGAAUGGGAAAUAAACAUCAGCAGCCGCUUUCUAAAUAUGCUGCAACUUCCCUUCUUACUGAGAGAAGCAGAUAUCUUCCAUUAACGGUGUCUACUAAAAUGCAAUUACUAAUUCAAGAUUUGUGGCAUAUGUUGUGAUAUAAGUGGUAGUUCUAAAUCAGUUGAAUUGUUCAUGGCAUUAUGGUCAUCAGAGGAAAACAUGUGAUGCCAUAUAAACUGUACAAAAUUGACGUAAACGAGAUUUUUCCAAGUUAGAUUGUACUUUCUGGGAAGUUUGCAGUAUGACAUUUCUACAGCCGUUGGGCCUUAACACUAGAUCAUGUUCAAACUCAUUUACAUGUAUUCCAUUUCUUUUGUUAUUCCUGCUUUGAAAUCUUCA